AUGUCCCAACAAAUACCAUACCUUCCAACUGAAAUUAUCUUUGAAAUUCUCCUAAGAUUACCUGUCAAAUCCAUCAUUAAAUUCAAAUUAGUUUCCAAAUCAUUUCAGUCUUUACUAUCAUCUCCUCAUUUCAUCAAUAACCAUCUCAUUUUUUCAAGAAAAAAACUCCUACUCUUAGCACCUAAUCAAAAUUUAUCUAAGAAAACACACACCCUUUGUUCUACUUUUUAUGAAAAAGAUUAUGUUGAUCAUGUUAAUCUUGAUUAUCCUGUAAAAUCUCCAUGUUUGUUCACGCGAUUUAUCGGUUCUUGUAAUGGUUUGAUAUGUUUAUCAGUUGAAAAUAUGAUCAUUAUAUGGAAUCCUAGUACAAGGAAAUGGAAAAAAAUUGCAAAAGAACCUAUUAUUAUGAAUCAAGAUUAUUAUUUUACGUAUGGUUUUGGUUACGAUGAGUUAAACGAUGAUUAUAAGUUGGUUUUAGUAUAUAGUAGUAAAAUCAAGAAUGUUGGUUAUAAUGAGGUGAAACUUUAUAGCUUAAGAACUAAUUCUUGCAAAAGGAUUAAGGGGUUUGUUAAUGGUUAUGUUUAUAGUAAUUCUGGUGUUUUGUUGAAUAAUUUUAUUCAUUGGGAUGCGCGUAAACAUCAUGAUUUUGAUGGUUGUGAUUCGACGAUUGUGUAUUUUGAUUUGGCAGCUGAAAGGAAGGGGAAGAUAGAUUUACCUAGGUAUGAAAAUGUGGAUGUUCAUUGGGAUUUAAUGUGUUCUAGAGAUUCAUUAUUUGGAUUUUGUCGUUGUGAAUACGAAGGCGCGGUUGAUAUAUGGAUAAUGAAGGAGUAUGAGGUCGAGGAAUCUUGGACUAAAUUUGCUUCAGUUGCGUAUUAUGUAGUUCCGGGGAUUUUUGAUAGACCUUUGUUUAUAAAUGAGGAUGGUGAAGUAUUAUUGAUAGAGGGGCAAAGUUUAGUGCUCUUUAAUACGCGAAACAACAUUUAUAAGGACCUUCAAGUUCAUGUACCUGAUGUUCGCGGUAGAGUUGAUAUGGCUAUGUAUAACGAGAGCCUUGUUUCGCCUGAUAAUUUUGAUGAUGAAGAUGGAAGCAUUUAUUGA